CUCAAUCCAGGUGGCGGAGGACGAAUCUCAGUUGCCUCGUGUCUGAGACCUUCAAUCCACGCAUUUUAUCACUGGCUUGUUGAGCGCGUUCCCAUGGAGACAUAGCGCAUGGAGGCUUCAAGUAGCAACCAUGCACAACUCACCACAUGCCCCACCUAGAGUGAGAACCACAUUAUAGUGACCACGAGGAGGUUACCCGAUGUGACUCUACCCUCCCUAGCAACUGGGCCAAUUUGGUUGCUUAGGAGACCUGGCUGGAGUCACUCAGCACGCCCUGGAUUCGAACUCACAACUCAAGGUGUGGUAGCCAGCAUCUUUACUCGCUGACACAUGCCCCCUCCUAUGGAAAAAAUGUUGGCCUAUUAGAAAGUAUGUUUAUGUAAAUAAAUGUGGCAAGAGACAACUCAUAUAUAAGUUGGCCUAUUAGAAAGUAUGUUUAUGUACAUACAUGUGACAGUAUGUUUUUUGCGCCAUCUAAUGGUUGUAAAAUACAUUUUCACUAUGUCCCAUCAUGCAUCUGUCCCGAAGCUCACAAACCUUUUACCCGCCUUUAACAGUAGAGACAGAAUCGGGGUUUAACUUUUGUAAAUGUUUGGAGAAGUAUUACAGAGAAAAGUCGUUUUAAAGUGAUUGGUGGUGUUUUUACCGUAGGACUGUCAUGAAUUUCCAAACUGACAUUCACUGUACUUGUGAUGUUGUUACAGCUACACUGCGUGAAUGGUGUGCAGUUGCCAUUACAUCCGUUUUAAUCAUUGCUUAACUGAACAGGUAAAGCCUGAAGAUAUGUCCGUUAUAACCUUACAGUUGGGUCAGUGUGGGAAUCAAAUAGGACAUGAGCUGUUCACUGUAAUAAACGAUGAUUCCAAUGGACCAAACAGAAAGAAGUACAAGCAAUGCAGUGAGGAGAGAUUCUUCUAUGAGAGCUCGACAGGAGAUCUUGUGGCCCGAUCAGUGCUUGUUGAUAUGGAGCCUAAGGUAAUCUCUCAAGCAAUUGCAAAAGCUUCAAAAUCUGGAAGAUGGAGGUAUGGAGACAAGGCACAUUUCUGCCAGAAGCAGGGAUCUGGAAACAACUGGGCUAAUGGAUUCUGUGUACAUGGGCCACGUCACGAAGAGGUUGUGGAGAAUCUAAUACGGACAGAGAUAGAACGCUGCGAUCGCCUUGCAGGAAUUUUCACCAUGAUGAGUGUUGCAGGUGGCACAGGUUCUGGUGUGGGUACCUACAUCACUCAGUGUUUGAGGGACCUGUACCCUCAGUCCUUCAUCCUCAAUCAACUAACAUGGCCUUAUGGAGCUGGUGAGGUGAUCGUGCAAAACUACAACUCUGUGCUCACACUGUCACAUCUCUACCAGCUCUCUGAUGCUAUUCUGGUUCACGAGAAUGACACUGUGCACAAAAUCUGUAGUAGGCUGAUGAACAUCCAACACAUCUCCAUCAGUGACAUUAAUAAGGUGAUCGCUCACCAGCUAGGCAGCAUGCUUCAGCCUGCAUAUACCGCUGAUUCACCUAGCCAUUACAGCAGAAACCCUAUAGGGGAAUUACUGAGUUCCUUGGUGUGUCAUCCUGAGUAUAAACUGCUAAGCUUGUGUAACAUACCUCAGAUGUCCAGCACAUAUUUGGCCUAUAGUGUAUUCAACUGGCCUGGCCUGCUUAAGCAUUUGCGUCAAAUGCUCAUCGCCAGUGCUAGAAUGGAAGAAGUCCAGCAGGAACCGGCCUCCCUUUACCAGCCCUUGAGCUGCGAUUUGGUGAGUUGGCGUCAGGGCAAACGCCCUUUUGGCCUUUUUACCGAGGCACUCCUCGAUGUGGCUCAAGGGUCGGGUUUUGGUGAGGUCACCCUAAGUUAUCUGUUCUAUUGACUGGAGAAUAGAGGGAACCUGCGGACGUGGUCCUUCUGGGAUGUGGUCUAUCAUUUCAUGGAGAUAAGGGAGGAGGAGUACCUUCUCGGGCUAUGGGAACCCAACUUUGACGCUCCCACAGUUGCCAUUCCCCUCCUGACGCUGUCAACGCCCACAGCCACAGAGGCUGCUAUGGCAGCAGUGCUCCUCAUUGCCCCUCAAGCGUCCACGCCUGCCACGGCCAACGAGCCAGCGUCCACGCCUGCCUCGGCCAACGAACAAGCGCCCACGUCUGCCACGGUCAACGAGCCUGUUCCUGAAUCCUCGUCUGUCCCAGAGCCAAUGUCUGAAGCCUUGGCCGUCCCAGUGCCAAUAUCCAUGACCACGGAGUUCGUUCCACUGUCCCUUCUUAUACUCACAGCCACCAAGGCUGUUCCGACAUCACUGCCAGUGUCCACGACAAUGUGGGAUUUUAUUUUUAUUAAUAAAGUGUUUUUGUUUUUUGAACUCAGCGUUUGGGUCCUUACCUCUCCCCAAAUCCGUGACACAGAGAAUAU